AGGCAUUGAUAUACACGAGUUUUAAAAUCCAAUGGCGUCCAGACUGGCGAGGAGUGUGGCCGGAGCCAGCAAACUCCGACCGACCACUCUCCCGAUUCGUUCUUUGCCAACCUUGACCUCGAUUUCCAGCGCGCGAUAUGCGUCCAACGUCCCCGCCGAAGAGCCCAAGAAGAAGGCGCAAUCCAUCAUUGACAGUCUGCCCGGAAACAGCCUGGCCAGCAAGACGGCCAUCCUGUCCGCCGGAGCCGGCGCUUCAGUGUGGGCCAUCAGCAACGAGCUUUAUGUCUUGAACGAGGAAACCGUCGUCGCCUUCUGCUUGCUGUCCGUCUUCUACGGCAUCUUCAAGUACGGUGGUCCCAUGUACAAGGAGUGGGCGGAUGGUCAGGUCCAGAAGAUCAAGGACAUCCUCAACGAGGCCCGGGGCAACCACGCCAGCGCCGUCAAGGAACGGAUCGAGGAUGUCAAGCCGUUGAGCAACGUUGUCGAAAUCACCAAGCAGUUGUUCGAGGUUUCGAAGGAAACCGCCAGACUCGAGGCCCAGGCUUUUGAACUCGAGCAAAAGACCGCUUUGGCCGCCGAGGCUAAGAAUGUCCUGGACUCCUGGGUCCGCUACGAAGGUCAAGUCAAGCAACGCCAGCAGAAGGAAUUGGCCGACUCCAUCAUCGCAAAGGUCACCAAGGAGCUCGAGAACCCCAAGGUCCUGCAACAGAUUCUUCAGCAGAGUGUGGCCGACGUGGAAAGAUUGGUGUCCCAGCCCGCCAAGACCCCAGGUCAAUAA